UGUGUGCGCGGCGCGGCGCUGAGAUCCAGAGUUUGUCGGGCCCUCCCUCCCCGCAGCCUGACUCACUUCCCUGGCGACUACCAGCCCAGUGCGCCCGGAAUAGCAGGUAGCACCAUGGAUGAAUAUAAAGGCAUGACAGACAAGGAACUUAUUGCACGAUUGAAAAAAUACAGCAUCCCCCACGGGCCUGUUGUUGGAUCUACCCGGAAACUUUAUGAAAGGAAAAUCUAUGAAUAUGAGACUGAGCGGACUCAAUAUCCUUCACCUGGAGGGUCUGUGUCCCACACAGAGCCAGCCACCAGCCAAAGCUACGUAAAAGAGACCUUUGUGAGCCCACGAAAAGCAGAAGACUUCAACUAUGGACGAGAAGCUCUUGGCUCCACAAGAACUUACUUCAAAGAAUAUGUCCCAACAAGACAGGAAUACUAUUCUGAGUACAGAGAUGAAGAUCCCAGUCCCACUGAGUCAUAUCUGAGUUAUAAUUACAAUUUGCCCCACCACGAAGAGCAUUCUUCAUAUGCAUCAGAAGAUACGGAUGUAAACACUUCUGAGCCCUCCAGAUCUUCCUAUCGGAGUUAUUCAUCCUUAUUAAGCCAUACUACAUCUCCAGGGACAGUGAGCGCCCGCCAACCAAUUGCAGAGCCAUAUCCCUACUCUUCCAGUGAAAAGGAUAUGUCAGCUGGGAGAGACAGCAGUUCCUACCAGAGCGUUUUCCAAAGGAAAUCAUCUGGCUUGUCUUCGCUGGAGGUGAAGCCCCGCCGUGCCAUACAUGCAGAACGCCAGGCCCAGGAGGCAGAGGAGGCUCUGAGGAGCAAUGCAGAAACCAAGCGAUAUCUCCCUCUCUGGCUCCAGCUCCUGGUGUUUGGGCUGCUGGCUGCCUUCCUGGUCUUCAUCUACUUCUUAGAGGGAGGGGCUGAUGGUAACCCCUUUGCCAAGUACAUUAGUCAGUGAAGCCUUGGCUUUUAUUACUAAACUGGCUCCCCAAGAGCCUAGGCCAGUCUUAGCUGACCUGGUCCCUUUC